UCCUCAGCAGAAUGACGGAAGUUGAGAGAAGUCUCUCAACAAUGGCCUUCACUUCAGUUUUAUUUUUUAUAUUCUCAAUUUAUAGUUGUAGCGCUCAGGUACCAUUGCUCAUGUGGACCAGUGAUGGGUACAGCUUGCCACAUCUGAGCCAACCACCAGCUGGUCAGGCAGUCUCUAGUGGGCAGCUCGCAUCUUAUCUGAAAUCUGCCUUGACUGCUGCUCCACACAAUGUGUUGCUCUUCCUACAGGAUAAGCUAAGUAUAGAUGACUUCACUAUGUACGGUGGGGUGUUUGGGAACAAGCAAGAUGGUGCCUUUUUGAACAUAGAGUCAGCACUUCAGGCAUCCUCCAAUCCCUUGGUGUUGUCGGCCCUGGACUGGUCUGCGUCAGACUCAGUGUUGAAACUCUUCCAGGGAGAGCUGGGUAUCACAGCGGUCCACAUCGACCCAAGCACCCUGAAGGAAUUCCAGUUGAACCCUUCACAGCUUUCACUGCUGGCCAUCCAUCUCCCUUAUACUACUGGUGCUGAAUCAAAGGAAUUGCUCCUGAAAAAUGAUGAGAUUAUUGGAGAGGUCCUGGACAUGUUCAAAUCUCAUGAUGUGCCUUACACAGCUGUCUACACUGGCUUGAAGCCCUCUCGAAUCAUUCAGGAUACCCCAAUAAUGGCUAGAAGUUCUGUGGGUCGAUCGUUACUUCAGGCUCCUCCACAGCUGUCUGUGAAACCUCCAGUUAUAUUCAAUAACACAGAAGGACAACCCUGCAUCCUGCUUUGGGCUGACAACCUCAACAUUAGCUAUGCUCAGGGUCAUUGGGUUGAUUUGGGCCCAGAGACCUUUAAUGGUUCUGCCACCUUGACUGGUUCAACUUGCAAUGAAACAAUUUCAAGACUCGUCCUGAAUUACCAAAACUUUACGAAGUUUCAGUCAUUGCGGCUUAUCUUUUCUAUGCGCAAGAUUUUCUUUCCUGUGUCUGCUCGCAACUGGACUGUCAUGGAGCAGGUGGUGCUAGAGUAUGACGGGCAGACAGCGAUCUUUAACGGCAGUGGCGGUAUCUAUGCUCCUGCAGAGUAUUCUUUUCACUGCCAGAGUGUGAGCAGCAGUGAAAGCCCCCUGCUGGUGCCUCGCACUCUUACUGACAACGCUACGCAGUGGAGACUGUCUUUCACUGAUUUUCAGAUCCAAGGAUUUAACGUUACAGGUGAACUCUUCUCAUAUGCAAGUGAUUGUGCGGGGUUCUUCACUCCAGGGAUUUGGAUGGGUCUGCUGACCUCUCUGCUCAUGGUUCUGAUUCUCACCUAUGGCCUGCACAUGAUCAUGCAGCUGCACACCAUGGACCGCUUCGAUGAUCCAAAAGGCCCGUCAAUUUCAGUGCCUCUGAAUGAGUAAUUUUUGUGGGAAUUUGUUUCAUGUUAAUUUACAUGGUUUGUAUGUGUGUCAAAAAAUUCCAGCCCCCAAUGUUGUUGGUAAUCAAGAAUUUAUGGAUCUCGCGCAAUAUCUAAAUGUUUUUAAGAUAAAUAAUGUUUUUCAAAUUAAUUUUGGUUCCUGACUGGAAGUGGUGAAAUAAUCAAUUUUCACUGAAAUUGAAUUAUCUCAGUACACAUACAGUUAUCUCAGUUACACUGUUUAAUGGCAAAAUAGUGGCUCAGAUGUUUACAUACAAUUUAUUAGUAUUUGUUAGCAUUGUCUUUAAAUUGUUUAACUUGGGUCAAACCUUUUGGGUAGCCUUCCACAAGCUACUCACAAUAAGCUGCUGGAAAUUUGGCCCAUUCCUCCAGACAGAACUGGUGUAACUGAGUCAGGUUUGUAGGCCUCCUUUUCCAUUCUGCCCACAAAUCUUUCUUCAGAUUGAGGUCCGAGCUUUGCGAUGGCCACUCCAAAUACCUUGACUUUGUUGUCCUUAAGCCAUUUUGCCUCAACUUUAGAUGUAUGCUUGGGGUCAUUGUCCAUUUGGAAGACCCAUUUGCGACCACGCUUUAACUUCAUGGCUGAUGUCUUGAGAUGUUGCUUCAAUAUAUCCACAUAAUUUUCCUUCCUCAUGAUGGCAUCUAUUUUGUGAUGUGCACCAGUCCCUCCUGCAGCAAAGCAACCCCACAACAUGAUGCUUCCACCCCCAUGCUUCAUGGUUGGGAUGGUGUUCUUUAGCUUGCAAGCCUUGCCCAUUUUCCUCCAAACAUAACGAUGGUCAUUAAGGCCUAAAAGUUACAUUUUUGUUUCAUCACACCAGAGAAAAUUUCUCCAAAAAGUAAGAUCUUUGUCCCCAUGUGCUUUUGCAAACUGUAGUCUGGCUUUUUUUAUGGUGGUUUGGGAGCAUUGGCGUCUUCCUUGCUGUGGAUAUAGAUACAUGUCUACCAGUUUCCGCCAGCAUCUUCAGAAGGUCAUUUGCUGUUGUUCUGGGAUUGAUUUGCACUUCUCACAGCAAACUACGUUUAUCUAUUGGAGACAGAAUGUGCCUCCUUCCUGAGCAUUAGGCUGCGUGGUCCCAUGGUGUUUAUACUUGCGUGCUAUUGUUGUACAGAUGAACGUGGUGCCUUCAGGUGUUUGGAAAUUGCUCCCAGUUGUCUAAAGGCUUUGACAUAAUUUUCUGGAAUUUAUCAAGCUGCUUAAAUGCAGUUAAUUUGGUGUAUGUAAACUUCUGACCCACUGGAAUUGUGAUAGUCAAUUCAAAGUGAAAAUCUGUCUGUAAACAAUUGUUGGAAAAAUUACACGUCAUACUCAAAGAUGUCCUAAAUGACUUGCCAAAACUAUAGUAUGCUAAAAUUACAUCUGUGGAGUGGUUAAUAAAAUUGUGUAUGUAAACUUCUAAUUUCAAUUGUACUAGUCAAGUGCCUAGGGUUUAUGAGAGUUCUCUUUCCUAAUCUAAACAAUAAUUAUUAAUGAAAACUGUCAUUUGAAAAUGAAUACUAAAUCAUCACAAAUCAGAAUCUAGAAAUUAGACAUUCACUCUUAAAGUAACCUCUGAUAAAAGUUCUUUAUCUGCAUGUAUCUUUAUCAGCAUGUAUGGUUUCAUAAAGAACCUUUAACAUCCAUGGAAUGAAAUGUUUUGUGGUGAAAAAAAGUUCUAGGUUCUUUAGUGAACCAAAAAUGGUUCUGUUAAGAUGUCACUGUAAAAAAAAAAAACUUUUUGUGUUGAGUAAUUAAUUACCCUUGAUUUUCUAUGACUUAAAAGCAAAUAAUAGUGUUUAAUUUGGUACCACUUUUUGUUUUUCAUCAGUUAAUAUAACAGGCUGUGACAAAGUGCCAAAAUUACUCGAGCAAUGUGUUUUCAGUUGGCAGUUUGUUUAAUCAAUUAUUUUGGAGCCUAAGUAAUAAAAACAAACACUUUAUAAAA